AUGCCUUCCUCCUCGAAUGAGACUGAGCGCUGGGAUGUUCAGCCCAAGGAUGCAAAGCGCAUGCUCGCCGAAGAAUCCUACGAUGACUGUCUAUCCUGCCGCAUUACAGGAUCUGCCGCAUUUAUCGGCCUCGGUGUCUACAGCUACUGGACGGGCAUGAGCAACCUCAGGAAGCAAGAGAAGACAAUUAUGCAAAGCGCUACCAAGUACAAGAUGGGAUCUCGACGUCUCGGCAUUGCGACUAUUUCCGCAACCCUGGUCGGCAUGGGCAUCUGGAGGGCUUUCAACUAA